AUGUAUACCUUUUUCUUGCCCCAAAUCUACACGCGUUUCAAUUUAAUGGCCCCACUUCUAAACGCAGAAGAUCUGUUAGUUCUCAGAAAUGAGCGGGAUAUUUUACAUCUCAUAUACCACCGGAAUAAAAAUCAGCAUCGCCAGGCGAAAUGGUGGUCCCACUUGAACAUUCUGAAGAGGAGACUUUCUAAAUUGCUGGUGCUUUUUGAUGGUGAAACAAUUCCAGAGGAGGAAAUUUAUAAGCAAAGUCGUUUCAUAGUGAAACGACUGGUUCCAGAUUGUUAUACAAAAUUUUACCAGUUGAUAGAGGUUGGAAAUUUCAUCACUCUAGGUUUCGCUUUGAUAGGACUGCUGUCCCGCAUAUACUGCAUAUUGAUAGAGAUCGCGGAUAUGAAGGCCGAAAAGGCAGUUCAGGAGCUGAAAUCGGAGAUGCUUGGCUCGCAUGUCAUUCUUGACGGUAUAGAUGACGAUAUAGGUGAGGUGAUUUCACCCGAGACUGCUGGACCGUCCUCUGCGAGACACCAUUCAAAGGAGAAAGAAAGACAAAACGACAAAACUACAGACAAAUCGACGAAGGUAAAAAUUCUCAAAGAGAGCUCAGAGAAGAAAAAGAAAAAGAAGAAGAAGAGCGCCAUUGACGAUAUUUUUGGAUGA